AUGCUCUCCCGCAUUCCCCCACAGACCCAUAACUCCUACUCGGAAUUCCACGACUAUGCUCAGAGACCCGACAUGAUCACUUCUCAACCUCAGCAGCUUACCUCGAUGCUCCAGAACCAACCCAAACCAUACGACAAUGACAAUCUGCAAGCCGGUCGCAAGAGAAGAGAGUCGGAGCUGGACCAAAAUGAUACGAACGAUUCGGCGGCAGUCCGACGACGAAUAAGCCGUGCCUGCGAUCAGUGCAAUCAACUACGUACCAAAUGCGACGGCAAACAGCCCUGUGCCCACUGUACGGAUAAUGCUCUCGUCUGCGAAUAUGCUCGCGCUCAUAAGAAACGAGGGCGGGCUCCAAAGAAAGAGACGGAUGCCGCCGAUGAUUCCAACUAUGCCAAUACCGCUCAACCGGCCAACAACAAUGCCUCCGCUGUUCGCCAGUCGGCUGGUCCCAGAAAGUAUUCCACCACUUCCUACGCCGGUCGCGAUAGCAUGCUCGAUGGAAAUCCAUUGCCUACCAACACCACACCCUCUAGCGCUGGGUUUGACGCCAACCAUCAUCAGGCGGCUUUCUUUACCAGUUUUGAUCCCUCUUCGGGAGUGGGUAUUCCUGCGGCCCGUCAAUUGCACGAGAUGGAUCAGUCCAUGGUACCUCAAAUUACCCAAAGUCAAGCCAUUGAUUUUGCCGUUCCCAACCAAGCGUAUGCGCCAUCCACCCUCGACUCCAUGCACGUGCAAGGGGCAGCACAAGGCUUCGGGUUUCCGCUGGGAGACGACUAUUCAGUCGCGUUCAUGGGUAAAGCACCUAUGGUCGAAUCGCCGGAUUGGCUUGCGCUCACGUCGCCCAUGUUCAUCAACGACCCCUUACCGGCUCAGCCUCGCAUCACAGAUACGCUAAGAUAUCCCGUGCUCCGUCCUCUGCUGCCUCACAUUGAAUCCAUCAUUCCUCAAGCUUUAGCGUGCGAUCUGUUGGAGCAAUACUUCACCAGUUCAACUUCGGCGUAUCUGAGACCUGCCAACCCGUACAUAUUGGGCUACAUCUUCCGAAAGAAGUCUUUCUUGCACCCUACCGAUCCCCGUCCAUGUACUCCUGCACUCCUGGCGAGCAUGUUGUGGAUCGCGGCGCAAACCAGUGAUGCUGCUUUCUUAACAACUCAAUUAGACGCGCGAGCUCGGAUCUGUCAAAGAUUGUUGGAACUCACCAUAAACAUGCUCAAACCUCUAAUUCACAGCCACCCCAGCACCUCCGCUCCGACGCCGAAUCCCAACUACCCGCAGAUGGCGGCCAAUGAUGGCGGGUUGGGUGCUCUCGUUGUGCCAACACAUUCCGGAGGUCACGGCGUCGAUCGGGCACAAAUUGACAAUCUAGCGACGUACAUACACCUGGCUACGGUGGUGUCCGCGAGCGAACGAAAAGCAGCGAGCCUCCGAUGGUGGAAUGCUGCUUGGUCACUCGCUCGAGAAAUCCGGCUGGGUCGUGAGCUUCCUCCUAAUCCGCCGGAGCAGGAUGGCGAAGAAAAUAAUGCUGGAAGCAAUCACACAGACGGCCACUCGGGAGAAAACCGAAAGACCUCUGUGGAUGAUACGCGGCGCAACUCUAUCGGCUAUGUGUCGGAAGAAGAAAGGGAGGAACGACGGCGGACCUGGUGGCUACUGUACAUGCAAGAUCGUCAUCUAGCGUUGUGUUACAAUCGACCCAUGUUCUUCCUCAACAAGGAGUGUGAGAGCCUGCUGCAGCCACUGGACGACGACGUCUUCCAGGCCGGGCGAUUCGACAAGGCGUCGGAUCCCGCGCAUCGCAGAAGAGGGUUAAACAUUGAAUGCACGUCGCACAGCGUGUUCGGCUAUUUCCUGCCUCUGAUGGUAAUCCUGGGGGAGAUUUUGGAUCUCAAUCACGCCCGCAAUCGACCACGGUUUGGACCUAGGGCUAACAAGGCUAAAAACUGGGACGAUCACACCGACGAGAUCACUCAACAGCUGGAGACGUAUGGACAGAGUCUGAAAGAUUUCGAGGCCUCCGGAGGACAUUCUCAAGAUACCAGCCACAACGAUGUGGUUACUCCAUCGGUGGUAUCGGCGGGCACGAAUGAGUCCCACAGUGCUUCGGAACUGGCGCUGCAGACCAAGACUGUUGUCGCCUAUGGGACACACAUUAUGCACGUGCUGCAUAUUCUCCUGACCGGCAAGUGGGAUCCGAUUGCGUUACUGGACGACAACGACCUCUGGAUUUCUUCUCAGUCAUUUGUAACUGCCACGGGACAUGCGGUGAGCGCCGCUGAGGCAGUGGCCGAAAUCAUCGAGGAUGAUCCGGACCUGAGCUUUAUGCCCUUCUUUUUCGGCGUGUAUCUUCUUCAAGGCAGUUUCUUGCUGUUAUUGUUCGCGGACAAACUGCAAGGCGACGUCAGUCCCGAUGUGGUCAAGGCUUGUGAGACGAUUGUUCGAGCGCAUGAGGCGUGCGUCGCCACCUUGGAUACGCAAUAUCAGCGCAACUUCCGGAAGGUGAUGCGAUCGGCUCUUCAGCAAGUGCGAGGACGCAUCCCCGAGGAUUUGGCCGAGCAGCAACAUUGGAGACGCGAGGUGCUUGCUUUGUACAGAUGGACUGGUGACGGCACCGGCCUUGCAUUGUAA